AUGCCCGUCCGCGUCACUCCGCGGGCGGAGGACGCACGUCGGGGUGCGGCUCCCUGGCUCGCGCGCGGCUGGCUCUGUCACUCGCGCCCUGCGGAGGACCCGGCGCACCCGAGCGCCUGCCUGGCGGCGGCGGCAGCAAUGCACACAGCAGCCCGCGCUCCGGCCACCAGCGUGAGUGCCGACUGCUGCAUCCCGGCCGGCCUGCGCCUCGGGCCGGUGCCCGGAACCUUCAAGCUGGGCAAGUACCUGUCAGACCGCAGGGAACCCGGGCCCAAGAAAAAGGUGCGCAUGGUGAGAGGGGAGCUGGUGGACGAGUCGGGGGGCUCUCCUCUGGAAUGGAUAGGGUUAAUCCGGGCAGCCAGGAACCCCCAGGAACAGACUCUCGAAGCUAUUGCAGACUUACCCGGAGGACAGAUUUUCUACCGAGCGCUGCGAGAUGUCCAGCCAGGGGAGGAGCUGACGGUGUGGUAUUCCAACUCCUUAGCUCAGUGGUUCGACAUCCCCACGAUCGCAACUCCGACGCACGACGAAAAAGGGGAGGAGCGCUACAUUUGCUGGUACUGCUGGAGGACGUUUAGAUACCCCAACAGCCUUAAGGCCCAUCUACGUUUCCACUGCGUGCUCAGCACCGGCGGGGGCCGAGCCUACCUGCACCAAGAGCACGGGGCUCGCCAAGGCGCUGCCCCGGCCGCGGAUGGCCUUCACUUCUCUCCGAAACCCCCGGCGCCUGACUUUGCCGCGGCCGCCCCCGCUGGCACUCUGCGGUCCCACCCGCAGGCCCCGCCGCCCCUCCAGGCCUGCGGAGCGCGGGAGAGCAUUAAGCGCGAGGCCUCCUCUGCGCCCUCCGCCCCUUCGCCGCCCCCGGCCAAGUGGGGGCAGUCCAAGAAGGGCAAGGAGCAGCCGGACCGCGCCCUAGACAUGAGUGGGGCUGCCCGGGGACACGGCCACUUCCUCGGCAUCGUGGGCGGCUCCCCAGCGGGGGGCGGCGGCCUGGCCUUCUACCCCGGAGUGCGCUCGGCUUUCAAGCCUGCCGGCUUGGCCAGGGCGGCCGCGGCCGCACACGGCGACCCCUACCGGGAGGAGGGCGGCGGCAAACCCGGGUCCGGCCUGGCCUUGGGCAGGCUGCUGGGCGGGGGCCGGGCGGGCGGGCGCCCGGGAAGCGGGGAGAACCCCGCGGCGGGCAGCACGGGCCACCACCAUCACCACCACGCGCACCACCACCAUCACCACUCUAAGUGCCUGCUCGCGGGGGAGCCGCUGCCACCUCCUCCGCCUGGCCUACCCUGCUCUGGGGGCCUGCGCGGUUUCCCUCUGCUCCCUGGCCCCGCGGAAGAGGCGUCAGCCUUCAAGCAUGUGGAGCGCGCCCACCCCGCCGCGGCUGCGCUGCCGGGAGCGCGUUUCGCCCAGCUGCCCUCUGCGACCGGGCUGCCCGUCGAGCGCUGUGCGCUGCCGGCCCUCGACGCGGGCGGGCUCAAAGCCUACCCCGGUGGCGAAUGCAGCCACCUGCCUACCGUCAUGCCGGCUUUUACCGUCUACAACGGGGAGCUACUCUACGGCUCACCGGCCGCCGCCGCUUAUUACCCGCUCAAACUGCACUUCGGCGGGCUGCUCAAGUAUCCAGAGUCCAUCUCAUACUUCAGCGGGCCUGCGGCGGCGGCGGCAGCGGCCGCUCUAAGCCCUGCAGAGCUGGGCUCGUUGGCUAGCAUCGACCGAGAGAUCGCUAUGCACACGCAGCAGCUGUCGGAGAUGGCGGCCGGGAAAAGUCGCGGCCGCCUGGACGCGGGGACGCUACCACCGGCCGUCGUGGCAGCGGGUGGCCCGGGGGGUGGCGGCAGCGGAGGUGGCGGCGCCGGCAAGCCCAAGACCGGCCACCUGUGUCUCUACUGCGGCAAGCUGUACUCGCGCAAGUACGGGCUCAAGAUUCACAUGCGGACGCACACGGGCUACAAGCCGCUCAAGUGCAAAGUGUGCCUGCGGCCUUUCGGCGACCCCAGCAAUCUGAACAAGCACAUCCGGCUGCACGCUGAGGGCAACACCCCCUACCGCUGCGAGUUCUGCGGCAAGGUGCUGGUGCGCCGCCGGGACCUGGAACGCCACGUCAAGUCCCGCCACCCUGGACAAAACCUGCUCGCCAAGGCGGGCGAGGGCCCAGGCGCAGAGCCUGACUACCCCCCGGAGCCUGGGGAGCCCAAGAGCGACAACGACAGCGAUGUGGACGUCUGCUUCACGGACGACCAGAGCGACCCUGAGGCUGGAGGCGGCGGCGAGUGCGACUCGUAA